AUGGCACGUCUCAUUCACACACACCUGGGCGAAGCACACACCCCAGGUCACCGCCCAGCGUCAUCAACACCAUCACCAGACGCCUUUGCUUCUGAUAAAGAAAAUCGUCAUCAGAAUAUCAAUAAAAGAACUACCGCUGCGAUGCCACCGCCUGCACAUGGUAAACGACGGCGGCUAGCCGACCGCCCCUCAAAUGCCCAGUCCACCCAAUCUACUCAGUUUGCUCGAUCUGCCCAGUCUGCCCGACCUGCGCAAUCGCAAGCAUCAUCUCAACGAACCAGCAGCGACACACGAUACUAUGACCCUGAUCAGGAUCCCGAAGAACGGAGAAGUGUACGGAGAGGACUUCGAGACCUUGGUAGGGAACUGAAUGACACAAGAGGCGAGCUCAUGCAGCCUGGAAACAAUGGUAUCCUCAACAUUGUCGAACAAGCAAAUCAAUUCUACGCCAAAGUGAAGCAGACCGCCGAUGCCACGCUCGAUUCGCGCAUUCUCGUAAACACCGCCGACCUAACCCACAAGAAAGCCACCCAGCUCGCUCUCGGUGACACCUCUGCGGGUAUCGAUGUAGACGAGUUUGUCUCCAAGUGUAUAUCAUUCAUGCGUCGCGGCCCAAACAAUACGACGGCUUCAACAAGCGGGACACAGGGACGCCGAGGGCGCCUUGGUCAAAGCCAAAGAGAUCCCGAUGCUAGUGACGAAGAUGAUGGCGAUGCGAUGAACUGGGACACACUUGGCCGAUCUGCCUGCUUUCCUAGCAAUGCUCGUCCGGCCGUGUCUGGAUGGUUGCUGGGGCCGCUGUCAGUACAGAAGCGCACGCGGCAACUGACACAGCGAAGAGCACAAGAACAGAUUGAUCCCGAGCGAGCCGUGGCGCCACGAGAAAUGGCACAGCAGGAUCUUGGCGGGCAGGACAGUACGAAUCUGACCCAGAUCUGUUCCGAGAUCAACAAGCUGCUCGCUGAUACCCAGCGUGUUCGUGAGAAACGCGCCGAGACGGAGCUUAGCCGCCAAGCAGAUCUUACCCCAGAGAAGGCGCAACAAAUCAUGGAUAAGCACAGCAUGGCCGACGACGGGGGAAUCCCCUUGUUUCGCUUCUGUAUCAACCCGAAGUCUUUCGGGCAAAGCAUAGAAAACUUGUUCUACGUGAGUUUCCUCGUGCGAGACGGCACAGUGGGUGUAUCAACAGAUAGUCGUGGCUUGCCGACCCUGCAUGCGGCCGCGCCUUUCGCCCCAAGUGAAGCCCAGAAAAAGGGCGUGCAAAAGCAUCAGGCGGUCUUUAGCCUGGAUUACGAGACGUGGCACGAAAUUAUCGAUGUCUUCAAUAUUGAGGAGUCCAUCAUCCCCCACCGUGAGGAGAAAGAGCAAGAGACAGGCACAAGUUGGUAUGCCUGA